GAGGAUUCCUCCUGUGCGGGCGGGGCCCGGGGCAGCGGCAGCUCCGUUCGCCCUCUGCCAAGGGCGGGUGGAGCACCUCGCGCUCCGAACGGCGCUGGCAGCCGCGGGACCCCCUCUCCGCCUCCCUCCCCCCGCCGCGCCGUGGGGGCCUCAGAGACGGGCUGGGCCCCGGCGAGGCGGGAGCGGAGGAACGGCGCGUCCGAGUGCUGCCGAACCGAGUUCAGACAGGGGGUGUCGGAGGACCCCCGACAGCAGACGGGGACAGGGUCCCGCGCUGGGAGCGUUCGUGGUCCAGCGGGAGAAUCGGUCUGGCCAAUGGCAGCCAGAGCACCGUCACUGGCUGAUGGCACGACGCCCGCCCUUCCUAGCAGCUCCGCUCCGGGAGACAAGCGGUGCGGGGGGCACGAUGACCUCUGUAUUUUUAGCCGCAGGCCAAGGAGCAGGUCCUGUUACUUAUCUGCAUCUCGGGCUUGUUCACUCCAUCUCUCCAAGGCUUUCGGGAAAGGGCUGCUACCCUUCCCUGGCCAUGCUGGGAGUCCUGGCAUCCUGCACUGCUGGCAGAGAGCAAGGAGCUGUGUGAUGAUGGGGAUGUCCCUGGGCUAUGCCUGGGCACCCCAACUCAGCGCCUCCCCAGCAGGGCUAUCCCACCCCUCUCUGGCUGCCAGUGAGGCAACUGACUGUGCUGACCAUGGUGUGGGGAUCUGCUGCUGCUGUAGCUGCUCUGGCAUCUCUGCAAGCCAUCCUGCUCAGCACUCUCCCACUCCGUGCUGGGACACCGGGUCACAGCCCAGAGGCCAAUGUGCCACCCUUUCCCCACCAGCUUAUUGCUUACUUUUCCCUGCAGGUGGGAGCAGCUGUGAUAGCUUUCCCCCUUGCCUCACCUUGUCUCUGCACAGACAACCUCUGGAGUGACCACAGCCUGGACACGGACCCUGACCUUCCUCCUGGCUGGAGAAAAAUCCAUGACUCUCAGGGCACCUACUACUGGCACGUGCCCACGGGCACAACACAGUGGCAGCACCCCACUCGUUCUACCAGUCCAGGAGGGUGCCUGGAGGCUGAUGGAGAGGAGAUGCUCCAGGAAACGGACUGCCAGGCCCCUGUUGUGAAGCACACAUCAAAAUCCAGGCCUGUUCCCAGCCCCAUGGCCUCGCUGACCAGGAGGGCCUCGCUGACAUGGCAGGGAGAUGACUUCCAACAGUGUGGCGCAGAGCCCAGCUCCAAGUGCUUUGCUGUGCGUUCUCUGGGCUGGGUGGAGAUCCCCGAGGAGGACCUAGCACCCGGCAAGAGCAGCAUUGCUGUCAACAACUGCAUCCAGCAGCUCUCCAACAGCCAAGGCUCUGCAGACAGCAGGGGAGAGGGCCAGGACCUGGUGAUGAUCCUGAAGAAGGACACCAUGAGCCUGGUGGACCCUCUGGACCACAGCCUCAUCCACUGCCAGCACAUCCUCAACAUCCGCGUCUGGGGCGUCGGCUGCAACAAGGGCAGGGACAGGGACUUCGCCUUCGUGGCGCGGGACCAGCUGACCAGCGUGCUCAAGUGCCACGUCUUCCGCUGCAACGUGCCCGCCAAGGGCAUCGCCAAGGCGCUGCACGGGAUGUGCUCCCAGAUCGUGGCGGAGCGCGCGGCAGCCGGCAGCGACCCUUCACCGAGCGGCGCCGCUCUGCGGCCCAUCUCCGCGGCCACGUGGCCCCUGCGUACAGCGGAUCCCCGGGACGCCGUAGGGAGGCCGCCCCGGCGCUACGAGGCGUUGUACAUCGGCAGCCGGCCCGUGCCCAGGGCCAUGGGGAUGGACGUGCUGAACGCCGCCAUCGAGCAGCUGCUGGCGGGUCCCGGGCGGCACAGCUGGACGCCCGCACACGUCUGCGUGUCCGACACGGCCGUGCGGGUGCGGCGGGCGCAGGUGGGGCCGGGGCGGAACCGGGGGGGGCGCGGCGGGGUCGGAGCGGGGCCGGAGCGGCGGCCGCAGGACGAGGACGAGGCCGAGGCGCACGUGUGGCAGUGCGACGUGCGCUACGUCACCUUCCUCGGCGUGGGCCGCGACGCUCACACCUUCGCGCUGAUCGCCGACACCGGGCGGCGCUUCCAGUGCGCGGCGUUCUGGUGCGAGCCCGACGCGGGCACCAUCUCGGAGGCGGUGCAGACGGCCUGCAUGGUUCAGUACCAGAAGUGCCUCGUGGCCGCCGCGCCGGGGCCGAAGGCGAAACGCGUGGCCGCCGGGGGAGCGAAGGCGGGAGGAGGCGGCGGCGCGGCGGGAGCCGGUCCGAGGAAGCGCGGGGUGCUGUCGCUGCUGGAGACGUUCCGCCAGCGCCACGCGCUGCUGCACCUGCCCUGACGGGGCGCUGCGGGGCUCGACCGGCCCGUCCGCCAAUAAAGCUCCGCACUCGG